UUUCUGACAGGUGCUGUCACUUUUUUCAGCAAGGCAGUCGAGAAAUAAAAAGGAAGAAAAUUAAUUAAAAAUCAGAAUCGGAAAAAAUUGAAAAGAUAAAACAUGACUGAACUUCUAAUAGAUCCUAAUAUUCGAGUGUGGGUAUUUUUACCCAUAAUUGUGAUAACAUUCCUCGUCGGAAUCAUUCGCCACUACAUAUCCAUCCUAAUAUCGAGCCAAAAACAAGUCGAAUUGAGUCAAAUCCAAGACAGUCAGGCAAUGAUUCGAGCUCGUUUACUUAGGGAAAAUGGCAAAUACCUGACUGAAUAUUCCUAUGCCAUGCGUAAGAGUUUCUUCAAUCACGAGGAAUAUGGUUACUUCAAAGCUCCCAAACCAGUGGCAGCAAAUCCAACCAAUCCCACAGCAAUGCUCUCGGAAAUGGUUAAAGGAAACUUUACAAAUGUCCUGCCAAUGGUCAUAAUCGGUGGUUGGAUCAAUUGGAUGUUCUCUGGUUUCGUCACAACCAAAGUUCCAUUUCCUCUGACAUUGCGCUUCAAACCAAUGUUGCAACGUGGUGUCGAGUUGGCUUCUUUGGAUGCAGCUUGGGUCUCAUCAGCUUCAUGGUAUUUCCUCAAUGUCUUUGGAUUAAGGAGCAUCUAUUCCCUGGUAUUGGGCGAGAACAACCAAGCCGAUCAAACACAAUUCACUCAAAAUCAAAUGUCUGGAGCAGCCAUGGCCAUGCCACCAGAUCCAAAGAAUGCUUUCAAAGCUGAAUGGGAAGCUUUGGAGAUUUGUGAAUACAAAAAUGCUCUGAAAGACGUUGAAGCAGAUCUAAUGGCUCGAAUUGCAAUGGCAAACGACCGACCAUCGGAAUAGAAUAAUAAUAAUUGAGAAUACAAACUAGAAAUUUAUUUAUUUCAAUUAUUAUAAUAUAAUAAUAAUAUGUAGUAGCAUUUAUUUGUAUGUGCGUUUUGUCUUAUUUUCAGGUUUUGUUUUGUUUUAUUUUUCUUCGAAAAGUAAAUGAAAUAAAGAAACAAUACAAUUUAAA